UUCGAAUUAAAUUGUAGACAAAGAGAUUAAUACUUAUUUAAGUAAGAAAAUAUUUAAUGUUAUUAAGAUGAAUUCAUAUAAAUGUGUUAAUUGUGGCGUUGGUGCCAGUGCCCUAUACAAAACGUAUGGGCCUUCUGUUUUGAAAUUAACAAAAUGUGAUAGUUGUAAAGGAGUGAUAGAUAAAUACAUAGAAUAUGAUCCAGUUAUUGUGAUGAUUGAUCUAGUUCUAAUGUCUAAGGAAGCACAGCGGCAUAUUAUUUACAACACUGAAUUUAAGUCAUAUUGGAAGUUAUUUAUAAUUCUCAUAAUGUUGGAAACAUAUGGAGUAUGGAGAAAUGAUAGUCUCUUUAAUAUAGCUAUUAAUACAGUAUGUAAUAUCAAAAAUAAUAGUACAAUUAAUUCUACUUAUAUUACUUUGCCGAUAAAUAUAUCAGUACCAGAGCCUUGGAUGAGCGAUUGCAAAGGCUGGGCAUAUGAGGAGAAGGAAUCCUUGGAUCUCUUUAUAUGGGAGAAAGACUUCUACAUUCAAUUCUUAUCCAUAUUUACUGGUAUAAUAGUAUUCAUCACAAUAGUUCACUUGUUAAUGAAGCUAUUUAAGAAAUUUUGUUUUCAAAAUGAAGUUUCGUUAGCAAGAGUGCUGAAGUCGUUUUCGUUGGCCAACAUGAGCCUGCUGUUCACGUUGCCCAUGCUGGUGUGGGGCAACUCCGACACGCCGCCCGGCACCAGGCUGUUGCAUUACUUGAUGGUCUUCUUGUACAGCUUCAUCUUCUUCUAUAACACAUUCCGAGUUUUAUAUGAGAGCCCUAAAAUAGUGACUGCAAUAGUUCUCACUAUCAGUUACUGUAUCAAAUACUUGACUACGUUCCAUAUGACGCCGUUUAUAAGAAAAAUAACAAGAUAGCAGCAAAUGAAAAUUAGACUUGUGUAACAAAGUAUUGGUUACUACACAGAUAUCUGAACAUAUCUGUUAGUCCAUAACCCUAAUGCAGUAAUAAGCAGAGACAAUAAAAUAAUAAAAGUAUUAAUUAAAUUUAGCAUUUGAUGCAGCCUAAAAUGAUUGUUUAAUAAAUAAUAUACUGUAUAAUUCCAACAUCAAUUAUAUGUUUGUGCUAAAAGCCUAUUCAUGUAGCAGACAAUGUCAAAAAAUAAUGAAUUUGUGAC